AUGACAGAAGCUUUAGCGACUGCUCAGAAUCAGCCUCCACCUCCUCCUCAGACUCCGCAUCAGAGGACCUUGAUUUCCGAGAUUGUCUCUACGUCCAUCUCUAUGGCUCCCAUCAGUGUUCCGCAACACCACAUGCCUCCUAGUUUCCCUUGGGGCAUGCCUCCCAACUUUGUGCCUGAGGGGUACCAACCUGAAGUUCCAGUGGCUCAACCUGUGAUGUCAGUACCCCCUACUGUGGUUCAUAUUGUUCCUUAUGUUAAAGAACCUAUUUUUCAUGCUGACAAAGCGAGACUGUUGGUGUUUAUGAGAAUUCUUCAUAAGUUCAAGGUUCCGUAUUUUGAAAAGUACAAAGACAACUAUCAACUUCGUGCUAUGUCCCACAAGGAAAAAGAGAUCUUCAAGGAAUACGCACAGAGAUGGCGCGAGAUCGCUGCACAGGUUAGUCCUCCGUUGGAGGAAAAGGAAAUGACAAAGCUAUUUUUGAAGAUGUUAAGUCCGUUCUAUUACGACCGAAUGGUUGCAAGUGCGCCUAGUAACUUUAUUGAAAUGGUGAAUAUGGGUUUGAGAUUAGAAAAAGGUGUCCGUGAAGGACGGUUGAAAGAAGAGAGACAUAGAAGGCUUUCGAGGAAUAGUCAACAUCAUCAGCACGUGGCAUCAGUUACUCCAGUUAUUAAUUUUGCUCCCGUUGUGCAAGCAACACCGGGUUAUCAACCGCAUUUCCAGCAACGUAAAAAUCAACAUAAUCAACAGAAUCGUGCCCAGAGGCCUAUACAAUUUGACCAAAUUCCAAUGACUUAUACAAAAUUGUUUACUACUUUAAUUCAGAAGAAUUUGGUGAAAACAAGAACUCCACCGGCUGUUCUGAAAGAGCUUCCAUGGUGGUAUAAAGUUGACCAACAUUGUGCAUUCCACCAAGGAACACCUGGAUAUAAUAUUGAGAAUUGUUUCGCUUUGAAGGCUGGGGUAAGAAGGUUAAUUCAAAGUGGUAUCUUAUCAUUUGAAGAUUCAAAUCCCAAUGUACAAGCUAAUCCGCUGCCCAAACAUGGCAACGCAAAUGUGAAUAUGUUCGAAGGAUAUCCUAGGAAGUAUCGAGUUUUUUUCGUCAAUAUAAUUAGAAGAUUCUUGGUUGAAAUGCAUGCUACUUUAUGUGAAUUGAUCUAUUAUGAGCAUGACCAUGCUUCUUGUCAAGUUUGUUCCGAUCCUCGAGGAUGUACUGUUGUGAAAAGUGACUUGCAAGAGAUAUUGGAUAAGAACCAUAUUCAAGUUGCGAUGGAUAGAAAUAAAUAUGAGCAUGAGGUGAAUACCAUAGUUCCCCGUUUUAAUCUCCCAGAACCGGUUGUGAUUGCAUAUGAUGGUCAAAUGACUGCUAUUUCUCCGUUGGUUAUUCGUUUGGCGGGUCCCACGCCUUACGAGUUGGAUAAAGUUGUGCCUUACAAGUACAAUGCUACUAUGGUAGAAGACGACAAAGAAGUGCAUAUUCCUUCUUUUCCAUCCAUUGUGAACAUUGCCGAUGUAAGUGGUGUGACCCGAAGUGGCCGGGUAUUUGCUGCUGUAGCUCCUAAGAGGAUUGAAGAUGUUGUGAUAGAGAAAUCAAGCUCAUCGAAAACUACUAUUUUACAAACUGGCCAAUCCAGUAUCGUGAAUCAGAAUGUUGAUCAAGAUGAGGUGCUUGAAUUGAUCAAGAAGAGUGAUUUCAAUGUGGUAGACCAGUUGUUGCAUAAUCCAUCCAAGAUAUCCAUGUUAUCCCUACUGAUGAGUUCGGAAGCACACCCAGAAGCUUUGAAGAAGGUCCUAGAGAAAGCCUAUGUAGACCAUGGCAUGACAAUUGAUCAAUUUAAUGGCAUUGUAGCCAAUAUUACCGCAUGUAACAAUUUGAGCUUCAGUAAUGAAGAGCUGCCAGAGCAUGGGAGUAAUCAUAGUUUGGCCGUGCAUAUCUCUAUGAAUUGUCAAGAAGAUACCCUAUCCAAUGUGCUAGUGGAUACUGAAUCAUCUUUGAAUGUUCUGCCUAAGUCUACGCUGUCUAAACUUGCUUACCAAGGUGCUCCGAUGAGAUUCAGUGGAGUUGUUAUAAAAGCCUUCUAUGGCUCGAGGAAGACUGUAAUUGGGGAGGUUGAGCUCCCGAUAAAGAUAGGUCCGUGA